AUGGUUGUUUUGUAUGUCCUUCGCCGUGUCCAGAACAGUAUUUUAGGUGGACAACCGAAUACAUUUGGAAGUUUUGUAUCAGGUGGUUUAAGUGCAAAUCUUAAUCCUACUCAAUCCCCUCAGUCUGGAUCUCAGCAGUCAUCUGGAUCACAGCAGUCUGGAUCACAGACCACAUGUGCUAUGCAGCAGGAAAUUACAUCAGAUUCAAAAACCAGUUCGCAGCAGUUAUCUGCCUCAGGACACCUAUGCAAUCCAUCUCCUGUUAACUGUAUCACUGGUAUAACAAUUGAUUCUCAAGGAUGUCCUAUAUGCAAUCAGGCAGGCAAUGGUCAAAACUCGCCUUACACAGGAACUGGACAAGGUGGAACUAACUGUCCCAAGCUUGAUAUGUCCAAGUGUCCAUUAACAAUGUGUGUGGAUCCAAGCACUGGAUGUCCAACCUGUGACUGUAAUAAAGGUAAAGUGCCAUCCACACAGGCUACCAUAUCAAAACCAACAACAACACUAGGUCAAAUGACGAUCACACAGGCUCCAACUAAAACCACACACUCUAUAACUUCAACCACACAGACUCCAACAACAUCAACACAGGCUUCAACUCCGACGUCACAGGCUCCAAUACAGUCCACACGUGAUUCGAUUGUAAUGCAAACACAACCAGCUGCAAAGAGUUGA